GGUUUCGGGUGCGGGUAAAAGUUCGGGAGCAGCGAAGCGGCGGCUUUGUUGGCUUGGAAGUUGCCGAGGAAAGGGCUAUUCCGCUGUUUCUGCCGCUAUGGCUGCCUUAGUGAAGAGAAUCAUCAAUACUACAAGGGCUCCCGCUGCUGUGGGUCCCUACAGCCAAGCAGUGUUGGUAGAUCGGACCAUGUAUAUUGCAGGGCAGCUUGGUAUGGAUCCCUCCAGUGGGCAACUCGUUCCAGGAGGUGCAAAAGAACAAACUUACCAGGCCCUCCAAAACAUUGGGGAAAUUCUGAAAGCUGCUGGCUGUGACUCCUCCAAUGUGGUAAAGGCUACUGUACUGAUGACUGACAUGAAGGAUUUUAAUGAUAUUAACGAAGUCUACAAGCAAUUUUUCAAGUGCAACUUUCCAGCCAGAGCUGCUUAUCAGGUUGUAGCUCUUCCAAAGGGUGCCUGUGUGGAGAUUGAAGCUAUUGCCAUUUCGGGGCCCCUUCAAGAUGCUUCAUCAGCUAAAAUCUAGCAGCUCUGAUUUCUUUUUGCCAUGGUCAUUCUCACUACCUAUAGGAUUCAGUUCUUCUACUGAUUUUUCAAAUCAUGUUCAUUCCUGACUUGUGAAUCUGACUCAUUUAGGUGUAUUAGGGUGAGCAGAUUGAUUCAUAGGCACCACUGUACCAUUAAGACUGUUUAUUCGUGGUAUAGCAGUGUUCUCAGUCUCGGUGACUUUAAGAUGUGUGCUGGCUGGGAAAUUUUUGGAGUUGAAGUUCAUACAUCUUAAAGUCACUGAGGUUGAGAAACAUUGGAGUAUAGUAUGAGUGAAGGAGACUACCAGACUAAAUACUGCAAGCUGCUUAAAAGCAUAUUUUGAGAGAAAAAGCAAUAGAACUCCUCAGAUAAACUUGACAUAGAUAUUUUCAUAGAGUAGAUUUUCUAAAAUUU